CGCCACGUUCGAAAUUCGAAAAUUCGAAUCAGUCCGUUUUGAGCAUUCACGGAGGACGGACGUAUAUAAUGCACUUAAAACUUUUUACGUAGCUCGUGUUUAUGUGAAAUAUGUUCGUAUUUGUGGGACAAUAUUUAUAACUGUGACACCAUGCUAGCCAGGAUUUUCUGUGUGGUAGUUCUGUCCUGGUCGGUGCUCGCUGACCAGGAUGAGGUGGAAGGUGGCAAGUGUGAGAGGAUAACGCUGUCUCAAUGCCAGGAUCUGAAGUACAAUUGGACGGCCAUGCCCAACCUCUUGGGGCAUAAUGAUCAGAAGGAAGCAGAAGAAGCGAUGUCAGCCUUCUCCGGUCUGCUGGCGAGCGAGUGCUCCCCGCACGCGCGGUUUCUGCUGUGCUCGGCCUUCGCCCCGCUGUGCAGCGCGCAAGUGGCAGGCAGCGUGAGCGCCUGCCGCGCGCUGUGCGAGCGCGUGGUCGCCGACUGCCGCGCGCAGCUGCGCCUGCUGCCCGCGCCGCUCGACUGCGCCGCCUUCCCGCAGCGGCCCGGCCGCCGCUUGUGCAUGCGGCCCCCGGACGCCGGCGACCCCGAGCCCGAGCCGGCGCCCCCGCCGCGCUGGCCCUUCGAGCCGCGCGCCUGUCCGCCCGGCCACGCGCGCGCACCGGGCGGCGCCUGCCGGCCGGCGUGCGGGCAGCCCGUGCGCUACUCCCUCGCCGACCGGCGCGCGGCCGAGCUCGGCACGACGGCGCUGGCCUGGCUGGCGACGCUGAGCACGACGCUGGCGCUGCUGACGUUCUGCGCGGAGCCGGCGCGCUACCGCUACCCGGAGCGGCCGGCGGCGUGGCUGGCGGCGUGCAACCUGGCGGCGGCGCUGGCGCACGUGGCGCGCGGCUGGCUGGGCGCGGAGGCGGUGUCGUGCGCGGGCGGCGCGCUGGCGGCGGACGGGCUGGCGGCGCCGGCGUGCGCGGCCUACUUCGCGGUCACGUACUACUGCACGCUGGCGGCGGACGCGUGGCUGGCGGGCGCGGGCGUGGCGUGGUAUCUGACGGCGGCGGGCGAGUGGUCGACGGAGGCGCUGGAGCGCGCGGCGGCGUACCUGCACGCGGCGGCGUGGGGCUGGGCGGGCGCGUGGACGGCGGCGGCGCUGGCGCUGCGGCGCGUGGCGGCGGACGAGUUGACGGGCACGUGCGGGGUGGCGGACGCGGCGGCGGCGGCGCUGGAGGGCGUGCCGCGCGGCGCGCUGCUGCUGGCGGCGGCGGCGCUGGCGGCGGGCGCGGCGCCGGGGAUCGCCCGCGUGCGGCGCGCGCUGGACCCGCGCGGGUCGCGGCGCGUGGGGCGGCUGGCGCUGCGGGCGGCGGCGGGGGGGCUGCUGUACCUGGUGCUGGCGGCGCUGGCGGUGGGGUUCCGCGUGUGGGAGGCGCGGGCGCGGGAGGCGCGCGGCGGCGUGGCGCUGCUGGCGGCGCUGGAGGCGGGCGAGGCGGGGGCGGGGGGCGAGGGCGCGGGGGCGGCGGCGUCGACGUGCCUGCGGCUGGCGGGCGGGGUGGCGGCGGGGUCGUGGGCGUGGUCGCGCAAGUCGGCGGCGGUGUGGCGGCGGGUGCUGUGCCCCCCGCGCAAGGCGCCGUGCUGCGCGCCGCCGCUGCUGGCGCCGCCCCCCUACUACAAGCGGCCGCUGCACGUGUCUAGAGUGUAGUGGCUAGUGACUUCUGUGAAGUGUGCUGUGUGACCGCUGCCUUCUGUGAAGGCUCUCUCGAUGUGUACAAAUAUUGUAAAUAGCGUUUUUGUUAAGUACAAUUAUUAUUAUAAU